CCCAUCGCCGUGGUCUUCGGCCCGGGGUCGGUGCCCGUGGACCUGCCGAGGCCGCUGCCCUUCAGGGACGUGCAGGAGAUGGAGAUUUCUGUGAACCUGAGAACCAGCGUCACAUCCCGCUAUGAGAUGAUUUAUCGCAGCAGCACAGCUCAGGAGGAGGCAGCGCUGGCUGCAGGGACUGCACAAGAGGCUGACGCUGCUUUGCGCCCGCUGCAGGACGCCUCGUUGGGCUCUCUGACCAUGUAUGUGGUCCCUGAAACCUCCCCUCUCUUGCCUGAGGGCGUCAGUGUCUAUGUGGGGAAGCACCGCAGUGCCCUGGUGAGGGCAGGGGGGAGCCUGGCAGCCCUGCACACGCGUCUCCGGCAAGUCACACAGGUGAUGUCCUUCACGGCCAGUUCCAUCGCCGCUGCGCUCUCAGACCGCACGCCCAACGGCCACCUCAGCCCCGACGCACGGCGGUACCUGAAAUCCAGCCUGGGGGACAUUGAGGGUGCUGUGAACCGCUAUGUGAAGCCUGUCCUGGACAAGCUGAGCUUGGUGGCCAACUUCUCUGUGGACUCACAGAUCCUGUACUAUGCUGUCCUAGGAGUGACACCACGGUAUGACAAAGAGUCCUCCAGCUUCCUUCUGAGUGCUCACAGUCUCCCACAUGUCAUCAACCCCGUGGAGGCCCGGCUGGGUUCCAGUGCUGCCUCACUCUACCCCGUCCUGAACUUCCUGCUGUAUGUGCCAGAGCGCUCCCACUCCCCUCUGUAUAUCCAGGACAAGGAUGGAACCCCAGUGAGCACCAAUGCCUUCCACAGCCCCCGCUGGGGUGGCAUCAUGGUUUACAAUGUUGAAACUCCUGCUUCCACCCAAACCUCUCUCCCACUGCAUGUGGAUGUGGACAUGGCACGAGUGAUGGAGGUUUUCCUGGCCCAGCUCCGAUUACUCUUUGGGCUAUCUCGGGAAGAGGUGCCCCCCGAGUUCCUGCUGGAGAGUCCAGGGAAUGAGGGGAUGGCUGACUGGGAGCUUGACCACCUGCUCUGGGCCCACACUGUGGAGAACAUCGCCACUGUGUCCACCACCCUGACCUCGCUGGCCCAGCUCCUGGACAAGAUUGGGAACAUUGUCAUCAAGGAUGAUGUUGCUUCUGAGGUGUACCGGGCGGUGUCCUCAGUGCAGAGUGCCAUAGCCAAGCUAUCCAUGGGCCAUCUGCACGCAGCUUUCCAGGCCAGUAAGGAGGCUGUCACCUGCUCAGAGCGAGCCUUCUUUGAUCCAUCUCUCCUCCAUCUCCUCUACUUCCCUGAUGACCAGAAAUUUGCCAUCUACAUCCCACUCUUCCUGCCCAUGGCUGUUCCCAUUCUCCUCUCCCUGGUCAAGAUUGUCCGGGAGACCAGGCAGUGUAAGAAGGAGCCCAUCAAGAUGGACUGAGCCUGUGGUGCUGGUGCCCUGACUUGGGGAUGUCCCCACUCCGUGAGGUGUUGUCAUGGACACAUGUUCCAGGAAGACCCUCCAGAACAGCAUCGGGGCUAGUCCUGGCUGCUUGGCUUGGGUCUGCUGUGGCCAGGAUGCAGGACUGGAAAGAGAGGCUGCUUUGGGGAGUGGGAGAUGCUGUUACUCUGGGUGCUGAUCCCCCCU